UUUACGCCAUCCAUUUUUUUCUAGCGUUCAAAUUUGACUUUCUUCGAAGCUAUCUCCCUCAAGAUGGCCUCAUCGACCGUAUCAUGCUCUGUCGUUUUUACGACGCAAACGCCCUACCCUCUUCCUUCCCAAAAAUACAUGAUUCCGACAAGCUGGAAGCGUUUUCACUUGUCGCAACUGAUCAAUAAAGCUUUGGCAUUGGUCAAACCUAUACCUUUCGACUUUUUGGUUAAAGGAGAGCUACUUAAAACGAGCUUGGGGGGAUGGUGCACUGAGAAUAAUAUUGGGGAGGAAGAGACUCUGGAGGUUGAAUACAUAGAAUCGGUAAUGCCCCCUCAAAAGAUGUCGGAUAUUCCACAUGAUGACUGGGUAUCGUCUGUCUCUUGUCAAAUGGCCGGUUAUUUCUAUACCGCAUCUUACGAUGGGCAUGUCCGAUUAUUUGACUACUCGCAAAAACCGGUACUCAGCGCGCCGGCUCACUCUGCGCCCAUAACCUCCUUGUGCUUAAUACCUGAAUCAAAAUCCAUCAUCGGAGAUGAAGACAAGUCUUCACAUCUAAUCGCGACCUCUUCACACGAUCUAUGUGCUCAAAUUACUCGCAUAUCACUGCCAUCAGACUCAACAUCCAAGUCAGAAUCGAAAGCCAUUGCGAGAUUAUAUUUACAUACUGCCCCAGUCUCCUCAAUCGCGUCUAAUUCGACUGGAACGCACCUCCUCACUUCGUCAUGGGAUACUCUAAUUGGUGUAUGGGACACUACUGUUCCUACAUCGGACGAAGUUCCCGAACCUCUUAUCAACGAGCGAGAGCGAAAAAAAAGGCGAAAGUUAAACGGAGGAACCACCGAGUCCACUUUCAAACGGAAGGCACCUACUAUGGUGUUAAAAUCUCAUACGGCUCGAGUUUCCCGAGUCGUUUUUGGAAAUCCUGGAAGCGAAAGUACGGUGUAUAGCUGCGGCUUUGACUCCACCGUACGCUUGUGGGAUGUUGAAAAUGGUGUUUGCACUCAUACAAUAACGUCAUCUGAAAAACCUUUCGUGGACAUCGCGCUGAACUCAGAUGGACACACGGCACUCGCAGCAUCGACUGACCGAACAGUCACGCUAUAUGACGUCCGUGAGGCGUCCUCGAACCACUCAAUCUCGACGUCUUCAGGUUCUCUUGUACACACUGCCACCCCUUCGUGUCUUUCGACCGGGGCGACUCCACAUCAAGUCUUCACUGGCGCCUAUGACGGUGUUGUACGGCUGUGGGAUCUUCGUAGUAUGAAAAGCGCGAUCACCAGUUUCAAAGCUUGGGAUGGAAUGAAAAAAGUGCUCAGCAUUGAUUGGAAACGAGGAAUGGUGGGUAUUGGUGGAGAAGGCGGCUUUGAGGUCUGGAAAGUUGUAGAAGAUCUUCAUUCGUAGACUGCCCCCUUACGCUCUAGUAGCGUAUACGUGAUAUAUAUUCAGAUUCAGGAGAAAUAGUCCGUAAAUUUCCCAUCUAUCAGGUAAAUGUA